AUGGAACGAAAAGUCGCUAAAGCUGCGAGGAAGGGAAACUGGGAGGAGGUUCGACGACUGGUUGAAGAAGGAGGGAACGUGAAUGAUGUGGAUGGAAGGUUGAGAAGAACAGCUCUACACUAUGCUGCCAUGUAUGGAAAUUCAGAUAUUUGUUUGUUCUUGCUGUCACGAGGCGCGAACGUCAAUCAGUCAGACGCGGAUGGAGAUACGCCGCUUCAUCUCGCUGCUUAUUAUCAUCAUGUCGAUAUCUGUCAACUGUUAGUUGAUCACAAAGCCAAUGUUACUUCUGUCAACAACACUAGCGGUCAAACUCCUCUUCACACAGCUCUUAAUAGUUAUUUACGUGUCUCUGCCGCUUUGUAUCGUCCACUGAUAACAAAUGAGAGUUUGAAUGUAGCAGAUCGUCAUGGUAACCGCGCUUUACACAUAGCAGUUAGAAAAGGUGACAUUCAGACUGUCCAGCUGUUAGUGGAUUGUGGAGCAGAUGUAAAUGUAUUGAAUGGAUAUGGACAAACACCACUACAUACAGCAGCUGGUCGAUGGGAAGACUGUCCUGAAUUUGUUAGAACAGAACCUCACAAGAGUGAAUGGCUCAAACUAGUGGCCAAGUCACUAACUGGUGAAGCUGUUGAAUUGACAACAAAAUCAUCUGAUACUGUCACCGCCUUGAAGAAGCAAUUGCAAACCAAGAAUGACCCAUCAUCAUGGGAUCAACUGCUUGUUUAUAAGAAGAAGCAACUACACGAUGAGCAAACGUUGGCUGAUGCAGGAGUAACUGAUGGAACAAUACUGAACGUCGUUCUAUGUCCUCAUGGAAAAGUCGAAGUAAGUCGAGUGAAGAUUGUCAUUGCUGGUAGAGACAGAAUGGGCAAGACGUCCUUUAAACGAUCUGUGCUCAAACUGAAGUUUCAGAUAAUUGAACCAAGCACACCUGUCGCAGUGGCAGAAUUGGCAGUGAGUCAAGCAUCAAACUGGAAGCUUUUGAGUGACAAGGACGAAGAAUUUUUAGACAAACAAAUAGCUAGAGCAGCAGUUGAUGUACCGACUGUUUCAAGUGAAAAUGUGUCUGGUAGUCAAGAUGACAACAAAUAUGACAAUGACAAAACAGAUUAUGCAGAUCAUCACAGUGAGGUUGAGCUUGGCUUGUCAGUUGAUAGAGAAUCUACAUCAACUGAUACUAGAGAAAGCAGCAACAACACAGACAAACUGGAUGAAGCAACAGACAAACUUGAUGAAGCAACAGUUCUAACUGGAGGGAUAGCUUGUGCUAUUACAGAUUUCCAAAGUGAUCCUGACCUCUUAAAGCAGGAAGAUUCAAAAGUUCACGUUGCCAUUUGGGAUUUGGGAGGUCAGGAGCCACUUCUUCCUGGUCAAGGAGAAGCCAUCACACCAGGAUGUGUCGUUUGUGUUGUAUUUAAUGCAUCUGAGUUUCUAGGUGACUCUGCCAAGUCUUUCCAUUGUCCUUCUGCUGACUCAAAACCAAUUCCAAUCGACAACCACUGGAUAGUGACAAACUAUGAUGCUGUGGCUUUAUGGGCAUCCAUGACUUUUUUGGCAGGAGACGUCGAAAGUCUUGAAGGCCUUCUCUCUGGUCUUCACAUCGGCAAGUCAAAGGGAUGUGCAUCACCAGUAAUGUUGUUGAUUGGAACACACAUCAAUGAUGCCGAUGAAGAAAUGAUCAAGAAGCAGAAUGAAUUUCUGUCUAAAAUGUUUUGUAAUAAAGCAUUUCAGAAGCACAUCCUUCGACCAUCUAACCAGGCUAAUGAUUGGUUUUUUCGUGUGGAGAAUUCGGUGUCUGAUCCUGACAGUGCAAGUGAGGAUGCAGGCGUGAGUGCAGUGAAGCAAGUCAUUGAAGAGAUGGCACGUGAUGUGUCACCUAAACCUCUGAUACCAGCCACUUGGUCAGUUCUAGAGAAGAUUCUUGAUUCUUUAGAAAUCAAGUUGAGCACUGCUCUUUCCAAUGUCAAUGUUAUCAUGCGUUUUGCCCGUCGAUUGUGUCGAAUGUCAGAAGAGAAAGAAGUUCGUCUUGCUCUAACAUAUUUAGAUGAAGCCGGAUCAGUAAUCUAUCCUCAGAAAAGUGAGAAGCUGAAGAACACAGUCGUCACCAAACCAAGCUGGAUUUUCAAGGUUUUCUCAGUUGUGGCAUCUGUCACUUCUUGGCCUCCUCCCUUACUGAUUGAAGAUUGGAAUCGAGUUCGGCAAGUAGGAAUUGCUUCUUGGGAACUCAUUGAUCAUCGUCUGAAAGAAGCAGGAGUGAAGCCAGCAGAGUAUGAAGAUGUACUCAAUUUGUUGAAUUUCUAUUUUAUUCUGUGCCCCAAUCCUCCACCUCUUCCUAUAUCAGUUUCUUAUAAAACAGAAUACUUUGUUCCAUGUUUGCUAGAAGUCGAGUCAAAAGGUCCAUUUGCAGCUGUUGAUUUGGUUGCUUCUCGGCCAAUGUCACUUAUCAUUUUGUCUCACAAAAUUGAGUUUGUUCCUGAGCAGUUGCAUUUUAGGCUGAUGAUGUGUUGCAUUGAGAAAUAUCCUGAUGAGCCAAUGUUGACACGUAAUAAGUGUGUAUAUCGAGUUGAGAAAGAUGUCAAGUUGGAAGUGAUUUAUCACUUGAAGAAAUAUAUCAUUGUCACUAUUGACCCACAACGGCCUCUUCAUGAAAUUGCAUCUCUGUGUACAGACAUCCGUCUGUUCAUCACUAAAAGGCUGCAUGAAGUGAAGACACCAGGGUUGUCUCGUUUUCAGUUUUCAUUGAAUAUUCAACAUCCCGGACCAGCCAUUCCUGUGGAUGUAAACAAGUUGGUAUGUAUAGACAAGUAUAUACCAAGUGAGGACACAACAUUGAGAAGAAACAAAAGCAGGGUUGAUGUCAAUCUGGAUCACAAUGAGAGAGCUGCAUUAGACUGUUGGUUUUAUGAAGAGAAAGAUGAUGUAGCAGGAAACUCUCAACAACAGUCACUGACAGUACAAGCAAACACCAAAUGUACGGCUACUGACGUAGAGAAUGUAGCUGAGAAACUCUGUCAUUGUUGGCAAAGGCUUGUGUUGAACUGUCAGCUGAGUUUUUCAUAAACAAGACAGAAAGGAUUGAAAGAGAUAUCAGAGAUGAUUGCUACAGACAAGCUGUAAAAGCGUUGUGCAUGUGGACUAAUGAAUUUGGUGAAGAAGCCAACCAGGCAGCAAUGAUCAGGGCAAUGUGUACCAUUGGGUGUAGAUCUCAGGCUACAGAUGUUUUCAGUCCCAAUUUGGUGGAGCAUGUGUGCCCACGCAAAUGACUGUGUUGAUCUUGACUUUACGCAGAAUUUUCUUUUAAAAUGAAUGGAACAUUAUUAACUGUUUUAUUUUAUUUAUUUCAUUAUCUGUUGUAUGGAACUAUUACCAGGUAGCUGUUUUACGUUAACAUACACAUUAUUUCAGUCUUUGUUGAUUAGUAUUGUUGCCAGUUGACUAAAACCUGUUUAUUAGUAGUGACC